UUUCUAACCCGCCCCGCCCGCCUUGCUUUUGACACAUCUCUCUAAUUUUAGGAGGUGUUGCUUUGUUUAUUCUGUUCUCUUCGCUGCCAAACUGGAAGGAAAGGCAGGAGGCAGCAAGUGGCCAGGCGCUAACAGCAAUCCGCUGCCGCCGCCGCCGCCAUCCCUUGCGCGCGGCUUUUUUGGGGCUGUCCAGCCUCUCUUUUGAGAUGGCAGAGGAGCGACGAAUGCCCGGGAGGGAGCCAGCGUAGGCAGCAGCGGCCAACCCGCUCGGCGGCGCCUGAAGCAGCUGGUUCUGAAGACAAGGCGGCGGGAGCGCUGAGAGUCCUCCAGCUGUGGCGGUCCCCACCAGUCCCCCGUCCUCUGGCGGCGCGCGCCCCUCCUCAGCCGCGCUCUGCUCCUCGUUUGCUCUCCCGCCCGUCGCAUGGCGGGCUGAGGGCGGCUCGCUGGUGGGCGCGCAGGGACAGCCUCCCGUAGGAUGAAGAGCUCAGCUGGUGGCAGGAGAGAGAAGCUGCUCGGAGGCAAAGCCCAGUCCAGGAGCGAGCAUGUGCCACUGUUGCCAGGCAGAACAUGGAAGAGGCUGUGGGAGUGGGCCUGAAUCUCUGAGAGGAGGCCAACGAAAGUGUCAGCGUGUGCUGCUGCCUCUGUGAUUGCUGUUUGGAAUAGACCUGCAAUCGUGUUAUGGCAAGUCAGGAGUCACACAUAAAACGCUUCAGUGGCCAAACUUCAGGCCUCGGUGGUGAAAUGUAGAGGUAACUGAAGAAACUAUGAAGAAACCCUGGAGCCCUAAUUCAUCCCAAGACAAUGUUCCAUUUGCUGCAGAUUUCACUUGUUUGCAUGAAAGAGAAAGUGAGGCAGAAUUAACACCUGAAGACUGUGAAGAAAAGAAAGAAAGGGAGAAGAAACAUACCAGUUUUACUUUGUGCAGUGUGUGCAACAUUCAGUUGAACUCUGCUGCUCAGGCACAGAUCCACUAUAAUGGAAAAUCACAUCAGAAAAGAUUAAAACAGCUCAGCAAUGGGAAUCUGAAAAAUGACCAUGGGGGUACAUGCCAGAGCCCUGCUCUUCCAGCCCUGGUACGUCCUCCAGCCCCAGCCCUGCAGCCCUCGCUGGAUAUCAAACCUUUUCUUCCAUUCCCCCUGGACACUGCAGCAGCUGUCAAUCUCUUCCCCAACUUCAAUGCAUUUCAGAACAAGAAUAUGCACAUCUCUUGGCCACAGUUCUGCAACUCAGUUAUGUCCAAAAAAAUGCCAGGGCUGGCACUGGGUAGAGAAGAUUCAAAAGAGGUAGGGACUAAUUUUGGAAGUCUACUGAUUGGAGAAAUGGACCCGAUUCAAAAAGCUGUAAUAAAUCAUACGUUUGGGGUUCCUCUUCCUCACAGAAGAAAGCAAAUCAUAUCGUGCAACAUUUGCCAGUUGAGAUUUAAUUCGGAUAGCCAGGCUGCGGCCCACUACAAAGGCACUAAACAUGCCAAGAAGCUCAAAGCACUGGAAGCCAUGAAAAAUAAGCAGAAAUCUGUAACUACCAAGGACAGCGCAAAGACUACCUUCACUUCCAUCACUACCAAUACCAUCAAUACCAGCUCUGACAAAACAGCAGAUAAUACAGCAGAGACACCAGCAAUAUCAAGAACCACAAUGGUGGAAAUUCGGAAGAGCAGCGUACUGACAACAGAAAUCACCUCCAAAGUCGAAAAGCUCCCCUCAACGGCCACUAGCAGCAACACGUGCUCUGUGGGAGAGACAGAGGAAGAAAAGGCCAAGCGGUUGCUUUACUGUUCACUAUGCAAGGUUGCUGUCAACUCUGCCUCGCAGUUGGAGGCACAUAACAGUGGCACGAAGCACAAAACUAUGCUGGAAGCUCGAAAUGGAAGCGGAACUAUCAAAGCCUUUCCCCGAGCAGGUGUCAAAGGCAAAGCACCCAUUAAUAAAGGAAACACAGGACUUCAGAACAAAACAUUUCACUGUGAAAUUUGUGAUGUGCAUGUAAACUCUGAGACACAACUAAAACAGCACAUAAGCAGUAGAAGGCACAAAGACAGAGCUGCUGGGAAGCCCCCGAAACCCAAAUACAGUCCCUACAACAAACUCCAGAAGGGAACACACCCUCUUGGGGUAAAACUAGUGUUUUCAAAGGAACCUUCAAAACCAAUGCCUCCACGGAUCCUACCAAACCCGCUGGCAGCUGCUGCAGCAGCUGCUGCUGUGGCCGUCAAUUCCCCUUUCAGUCUCCGAACAGCCCCCCCAGCAACCCUCUUUCAGACUUCAGCACUUCCUCCAGCACUUCUUCGACCUGCCCCUGGGCCUAUACGGACCACCCACACGCCUGUUCUCUUUGCUCCUUACUGAACUCCACAAAGGAAUAAAUUGUACUGCAAUAAUUUUUCAGAGCAAAAGCAAAACCAGAACAAUGAACUAUGCAGUGUUUAUUUAUAGUUUAAAAGUUUUAAAAAAUCCUAUAAAUAUAUAAAUAUAAAUAUAAAUAUAAAUGAAAAGCUAGGACUUUUGAUAGAGAACUGAACAAAUUAUAAAAAGGGGAAAGAUGCAGUAUUUUCUCCAGAUGAGAGCAUUCCUCUUGCAUAUUGACCAUUUUAGAAGUGAUCCUACAACACUGAUUCAUAGCUAUAUAUAUAUAUAUAUCUAUUAAAACAAAACAAAAGGGUAUGAAGUCAUUUUGACUGUGCUUUUUGGCACGUAUUUCCCCUGCAAUGUCUUUCCUGCUUAUGAAACAACUUAACAGAAUUGUCUAAAGGGCAUUAACUGGUUCCUAUGUACAUAAAUACUUAAUUCUGUAGAAUAAAAGAAAAAAGAAACCAAACAAACACUGUGAAUAGUAAUACUCUUACCAAUGCUCCUGCCAAGUCAGCUUUUCCUGGGUAUUUAUCUGAGUAAAAGUAGAUACAAUAGAUGUCUUGUUAAACACUAGUAUUGUGUCUCUACGUAUGCCACUAGGUUUAUUAAUGAAGAAGAUAAGAGUGCAUCAUCUCUCUUUGGUAAAUUGCCACAAAGAAUGCCAUCUUAUUUUCUCUCCUGUAUUCAACAUUCUUGAAAUCAUUGACAUUCAGAAAAGAAAGCAAGAGAUGGUGAUUUCACUGGAGAAAUGGAAUGAGCUGUUCUGAAACCAUAUCCUAGAGAGCAGAUGCUGCAAGGCCUUAUAAUGUCUUUCCAAACAGUGGUCCUGCCUAUUUUGCCUCAGCACAAGCUACUUUUAAAUUCCCCAGCGUUUAAAAGCAUCUUGUAAUAUCAUGUAGAGGCAGUGAGGGAGGGCACGUACGGUUCAGGAAAGAAAUAAAAGCAGGCCACAAGUCUAUUUUCUUGCAUGCUUGUUUGGACUGGGGCCAGAAUAGGGCCACCAUGGUGAUUACUGAAAAUAUACCAAGUGGCAUUCAAAGGUUCUCUUGGAUGAAAGAUGUGCUUCCUCUGCAGAAAGAAGUCCUUUCUCUGGAGGAAGCUCUGUCCACUGGAGGAAGGACACCUUUGGUAGAAGCCAAAUCACAAAGUGGUAACAGACUUUGCCCCAGUCUGCAUUACAAACUUCUAUUGAUUUUGUAUGUGGCAGCAGCAGCAGCUGGUGAAGUGGUGUAGCAGGCAGGAAUUAGUUGUUGCUGAUUAAAAGCAGCCAAGAGGGAGAGAGACCUUUCAUCCUUCUCAGUGGUCAUUAUCAGCAGUGCUGGAAGUUGUGGCACCAAGGUCAGCACUGUGUAAACUGGACACAAAGCUGCUGACUGGCCAGCAGUAUCCUGUGCUGUUGUCAGAUUGUGUAGGAUACCUCUGGCCAGCCAUGCAGCACAGUAUUGGCCUAGCCACCACACAAUGCUCACCAAGUAACACACAAAGUAAGGGUGUGUAAUUCCACUUCCCCUAAAGUUACCCCUCAAUGGUGGUAGCCAAUUCCCAUGUUGCUGGCCAACAGUGGUGUUUAUGCCACUUGAACUAUCAGAGCUUUCUCCAAAGAAUUCUUGGAACUGUAGCUUGGUGAGACACUGAGAAUCCCGUGUUAAGGAUCCAUAGUGGAACUGGAAUGCCUAAGGUUCUGUGGGAAGAGGAAAUGGUUAUUAAACCAAUAUUGGUCUGUAGAGAAGAUAUGCUCUAUCUGCUUCAUUAAUUACGGAAGACACCGGCUGGCAUCCUAACAAAUGCUGUGCAUGUUCGUGCCAGCUGUGUUUUUGCUUCAACAACAUGGGUGGUUGUGAGGGGGGGAGAUUUUUGCUGAUCUCCUCUUCCCCCCAGAAGCUGUAACUAUGUCACUGAGGGUCGCAGAGCCCUCAGGAACAUAUUUGUGUGCUGCACAGAGCACUUCUGGAGAACGGAGAGGACAGCUAAAAUUGGGCCUCCACACACAAGCUCCCAUGCUGCUGAAGCUGGAAUGCAGCCAUGCAUCCUUUGGCUGCAUAUAUGCAGUGCUAGUUAGGAUGUCAGCCACUACAGUUUGCAGCAAUUAAUGAGACGUAUACCUGUGUAGAUUAGAGAUGUAAGUCCUGCCUAGCAUAUGGAAUCAAGAGCACACAAAACAUGUGAAUAAAUUUGUUUUAUACCACACAAGUGGGAGCAUUACCAGAAAGAAGUUAGAAUGUUUUGUUUUGGGAUUGUGAAGAGUGAAUAAUGUAAAUGGCUACUGACAAGACCUUGUUUAAAUAAAUAUAUAUAUAUGAAAGUAUGUCUUAUGAGAGAACCACACAUUCUUUGUGUGGAACAGCUACCACCUUGGACCCUAAACCCAGCAUUUGGCCUUUAUGUAAUAACCUCUUAAGGACUUUUGUUCAUUGUGAGGCUUAAAGAAAAUGAAAUAUUGGAGAUCUAUAGAGAUAUAUUGUAUAUAUGAUAGAAUUAAAACAUAACUUAUAAAAAGAAAAUUAUAUUAUAAUAUAAUUUUAUGAUAUAUAAAAUAUACACCCGUUCAGUUUCAUAUAUGGGUCACAAAGUGGUUGGCAACAAGGAGCAGAGAGACAGAGACAUGCACAUUUUGAAUCUCUGGUAUUUGCUGUUGACAUUUUCCCAGGGAGAGCUGAAAAAGAUAUGAUGAUAAUAUGAGAUAGUCAGAUCGGCCAGAAUCAGUCAUGUCCAUUUGCAGCUGCAAUGCCUGCAGGUAGAUUUUAGCGACACGCUGUAAACCAUAUUUUAAGUUACAUGGGGUGUGGGAGCUUAAAGGUUGUUCAUAACAUGCUAGUGAUACAAAAUAUUGGUCACAGAUUUGCGACAUUCAAAUGUUUUUAAAUAUUAGCACUUGGAGAUGGUUAGGUUUAGAGUAUAUUAAAACCAAGAGUUAUUCAUUGGUAUUUACUUUUUUAAAAAGAAAAAAUACUACCCACUUACAGUUUUUGUAAGUAUAUAUGUAUACAUAUACAUAAUUUAAAAAUAAAAAGGAGGAAGAGGAGAAAUGAUGAUGUUCCAAGAAUAAAAUGUGCCCCCGAAAUCCAAAGAGAUGCAUUGUCUGUGAAGUGUUAAUUUUUUAAAAAGAGCUCUUCAUGAAUUAUUUAGAAAUAUUUCAGCCAUUUUACUUGCAAAUGCUUGUGCCUUGAAGUUAAAGCACUUUUUUUUGCUAUCUUAAUCUUAAAUCCAAUAUAGGCUGUCAAUCAAGGAUUUUUGUGGUUUUCAUGCUCUUUCAUUAGGCAAAUUACUCAAGAUCUUUAACAAUAAAACUCUAAAGUUAAAUUUCAAAAUUCAGACUUCAGGAUAUUGAAUAUUCAUUAGCUCCUUGUGAGUUGAUGGCCAGAUUAAUUCUUAAAGUACUGGGACCUUGAAACAUAGCACUUCUGAAAAUAAAAUCACAGAGAACCUGAUCCCAUGAAAUUGGAUCUGGAUUUCUGGAGAGCCUGAUCCCAUGAAAUUGGAAAAUGAAUUUCAGUCCCAUGAAAUUGUAUACAAAUAUCUUACUGCACUAGAAUUUAAAUCAAUUCCUGACAUUGGUCCUUAUAUAUAGUCUUUAGAUACAGCCUUGGAGCUUGAGCACAAUAUGGCUGUCACUGGGAUAGUACCAAAAAUGACCUUCCCAUGGCAAACGAUCCCUGCCCUGACACAGACUAGAGCUAUUAUUGUGAGUAUCCAUGGCCUUCCCAGCAUCAUCUGGCAACAUGGAGUGUGAGGUGACACGCUUACCAUAAUCUGCAUUGUGAGCACCUCUAUAUGUUAGGGCCUAUAUAGGGCUGAUUUUCCAUCUGGAAAUUGUCUUCAAUGGCAUCCCUCUGACAACCACAAGAUGUGCUCCAACUCUCUGACACAGCUUUUUGCAAUCUAGCUGCAGUAUGAGCAAUGACCUCACCACUCUGGCAUGGGCACAUAUGACACUAUGUUUUCAAGCCAAGCCCCAGGAAUUGUUAUUGGCCUGUAGAGCCUUUGUUUGUGGCCACAAAUGGAAACCUCAGUGAACCAAGCCAUAGAGUUUCAGGGGUACUCCAAUGGGAGGGAGCCCUGGGAAGCAUUUCCCCCCCAAUGAAAUAAUAUGUAGCACAGAAAAGGGGAGAAACACUAAGAGGGCAGAUAAUCUUGUGGGUGGCCCACCAUAUUUGGGGCCAUGCAGCCACGCUAUCAAAAAUGCCAUCCAGAUUAAUGGAUUGAUCCUUAUAAAGUUGUGGCCUAUGGCAUGUAUGGAGGCACAGUACAAACAGCAGAGAUAAUCAAAGCUUUGUUAUUCUUCUCACCAGCUCUUUUAAGUUGCUUGGACCCCUAUUUUGUCCUCACAGUGCUGUAUGCGAACAAUUUUUCUUCUUCACAACAGUCUUUCCUAAACUUCAGCUGUAAGCAACAAUCCUUUUUAUGUCUUUUACUCACUACCUAAUAAAGGAUGAAGCCUAAA